AUGACUGAAUGCCCUACACAGGUAGCAAUCACGAGUGGUUGUUUAGUGGAAGGAUUCGCAACAUUUUUUAGCAAGGCGAUGGAGUAUUAUGUGAGCGAACAAUAUGAGGAUUCACGUUUGCAGUCAUUAGCAAAUUGUAUCUUCGCUGGAUUCAUUACAGCUAUUGGCAUAAAUCUGACAGGAAUGUACGCAAAUCCGAUAGUGGCAUGGGCAUGUACGUUCAACUGUGAGGGUACAACACAUGUAGCGCAUUUGAUUGUCUAUUGGUUAUCACCAUUGGUCGGAUGGUAUUUUGCAGAGGCUGUGUACGGUAAAUGUGAUGAUCAGUGUUUAGUGGAUGUUGAUGAUAGUCAGGACUCGAAAGAUAUUUCUACAAAAUUAGAUUAA